GCCUCCCUCCCCCCCCCCGCCAACAAACUAUUUGCCAGCACUGGUGUCUCAGUCCCACUGGGGUAACUGCUGCCCCCUCUGCCCCUGCCUGUGCCGGGUUUUGCCCUCUGACACCCUCUGCCAGCGCCUCACCCCUGGGCUUAACUCCGCCUCUUCCCCCAUUCCUGAUUUUGCCCUUUAGCCCCUCUCCUAAUGCUGCCUCCAGCUGCUCGACCCCCCCCCCCAGACCAGUCAGUUUCCACCCCCUGCUCAGACCCUGGCUGCCCCCUCCUCCGAUUCGCCCCUUUUUAAGUCCUGUCAAACGCAGUCUGCACAAUCCUACGGGUAUAAGGGCAGGGGCUUCAGCAGAUGUACUGAGCAUGCUCAGUGCGCCUUCUACCGGAGCAGUAUCCUUCACUACAACAGCCGGGCCGCUGCCCCCCUGCAGUUCUCUGCUUGUGCCUGUUCCUGGGGGGCUCUGGCCCCCCCCCUCCACCACCUGGGUGCCUGUCACGGGCGGGCAGGGCCCAUAGCCAAUCAGGUCUCUGAAGCCCUGGGGGGCAGAGGGGCCAAUGAGGGUUAAGGGGGUUUAAUCAUCAUGGCACCGCCUCUGGCAGAGGGUUGGGCCGUUGGGCAGGGAACAAAAAAACACAAAUCACCCCCGACCCCCAGCUCUGACCUGUCCUGCUGCGUCCGGCUUGGCUUUCAGGUCGGCUGGAGAGUCCGGAGCAGGAGCCAGAGCCAGGACCUCCACCCCGGCUCGUCUUCGCUGAAUCGGACCCAGUCAGCCCAAGAGGAGCCCAGCCCAGCGCCUGCAGCAGCGUCUGUAGCCUGAGUGUCGCUGAGAGACAAUGGAGUCAGCAGCUGGGGACACUGAGAGCGAAGCGUCACUGCAGCUGGUGUCCUGUAUUGGUUGUAGUGGACACCAGAAGAGUGGCGGGAAGCCAGAACCUCAUUGUAACUGCAAGAAAUGUAACUACAAGAAACAUACAGUUGCGCUUGCCGUUGCCCUUGCAGUUGUGUCCUUAAGUUUCAUCAUUGCUGUUAUUGUCCUGGCAGUGCUCCUAUUCACGAGUUCUUCGGAUGGUCGAGCCACCUCUGCUGUCCCCUCUCCGGGGCCCCCUUUUGUCCCCUCUCCAGGCCCACAUUUUGUCCCCUGCUGCCUGGAGGGGUGGGUCGGAUACCGAGGGAAAUGCUACUAUUUCUCAAAGGAAGAAAAGAACUGGGAUUCUAGCCAGCACUUUUGCUCUUCAUUCAAUGCUUCCCUGGCAGUGAUUGACACCCAGCAGGAAAAGGAUUUCACAAUGCGCUAUGCAAACCUCGUUGAGCAUUGGAUCGGCCUCAGAAGAGACUCAGGCCAGCCCUGGAAGUGGGUGAACGGAACCUUAUUCAGCCAGCAGCUGUUUGAAGUAAGAGCAGAAGGGGACUGCGCGUAUCUGAGUGACGUCUUCGUGAGCUCUUCUAGGUGCUAUUCGCUGAGAAACUGGAUCUGUAGCAAACCUGAUGGACAUAUAAAGGGAAAGGAACAUGCAAUGGAGAGACACUAGUAGGGAUGUAAAAGUUUAACCAGUUAACCCAUAAGGUUGAUGCUUAUCAGUAGGGACCUACCACUUUCAAGUGCCUUCAGGGACCAAAAUAAGCCCUUCCCCCUGAAAUCCGUGCCUCCUUGUUCGUAGAGUGCCCCAGUAUCUAGCUCCGACUGGGCAGGAGAGGGACAGGGAAGAGGUGCCUCCCCCCUGUUGUAGGACACGCUCUUAGGGCUGCAGGCAGCACAGGAGAGAGGGUGACAAUCCCAUGACCCCCCAUCAACAGGAAAAUCCGAAGGAAUAGGCAUGCAGGAGAGCCAGGGAGAGGCUCUAGGUGUGAGGGAACUGCACUGAGUCUGCAGGCAGCUGGGGCAAGGUCCAGCUGUGCGUGGAAGCAAGAUGUGAGCUGGGAAUCUAGAGCCAGCUGUGCACUGGGGAGAUGGGCUAGAACCAGCUGUGCAGGGGAAUUGGAGGACAGAUGCUGGGCACUGAGGGCUAGAGCCAGCUGUGUGCUGGGGGCAGAAGCCAGAUGUGUGCAAGGGAGGUGAGCUGGGGGAGAAGCACUGUGGACGCUGCCAAGAGCAGGUGCGAGCACCAUCCGCUCUGCAGCAUGGUGAGGGAGCCAGACGCCCGGCUGCCAAGUGCCCGGCCCGCCCAGGGGAAGCUCCACAGUGGUGUGGCCGAGCCCAAGCCUGUGUGAGGAGAGAAGUUGGUGGCAAGUCUCAACAUUAGCCAGCCCCCAGCCUCUGUUCCACGCCCUGGGGAGGAGUCAGGUGUCUCCUGGCAGAAAAUGGGGAGGGGAGCGGGUGCACAUGAGACCAGCGCCACCACCCUGUCACCUCUGAUCAGCAAUUCCGGAAACGAAAGAUGGUUUUGGAAAAAAACACAUCAAUAGCAGCAAUUUCCAGAAAACACUGCCCCUAACCCUGACUUGGUUGCAAUUCAGACAUCUAGAUGUCUCCAAUGAUCUACGCCAGCGUUUUUCAAACUUUUUUGGCCACGGAACACUUUUUAGCCUUUUACAGAACACUUAUAAUAUUAUUUUGUAAUUGUCUAGUUUUCAAAUAAAAAAUUGCAUUAUUUAAAUUAAAUUAAUAAAUAAUUAUGCUCAAAUAUAUUUUAUUUUAUAAAACAAAGCAAAAAUACAGAUUUUUAAAUAACUUGAACUAACAAUUUCUAAUUGGAAAGCGCGUAUAAAGUAAUACAAAAAUCAAGUGCAAGAGUCAAAACUAAAAACAGUGUUCUACUUUAAAAAAACCUGUUUUUAUAUAUACACAAACACCAAACAAAUUAAAUUUUUACUAGGAAAAUCUAUUUUUAUAAACAAAUACAAAUUUGGAUUUAAUGGGAUUUGUGUUUCUGCGUUUUUCUAUCACAAAUUCACUUAGUAUUAGGAAUAAUGCUGGAAAGUUGAAUCCUUAUAUCAGGCGCAGCAUCAAGUCUAUUCCUAUAUUUGGUUUUUGUUGCCGUAUAAUACGAAAAUCCCGUCUCACACAAAUAAGUUGUAGCAAAAGGAAGGAGCACUCGAACUGCACAUUUAGCCACAUUAGGGUACUCGUCUAUUAGACUGCUCCAAAAAUUAUUCAGCGGAAGAUCCUUAAACUUUUGUUUCAAAUCGGAGUCAGAAAUUAAGUCAAUUAGGCUUUCAUAAUCAUGCGCAGUAAAGCCGACUGGUUUGGCUGUAAUUACAAACGGAUUUUGAACCCAAGCAUUAUCAUCAGUAGUUGUAGGAAAAUAUUCUAAUAAAGAGGCCUGCAAGU